AUGGACGGCACCCCUGCGCCAGUGCAGUGGCUGGAGCACCUGGAGGUGCUGCUGGUGGUGGCGGGGUUGCAGCAGGGCCUGUUGCUGUGCCGCGUACUGCAGGGCUCCGAGGCUGCUCUGGAGCCCCAGGAGUUUGACGACACAGGCGUGCUCAAUGAGGAGCGGUUGGGUGCAGCAGGGGAAGCGGCAGGAGCUAUAGCCGGGGGCGGGGGAGGAAGUGCGGGGGAGAAGUGGCCGGAGAGAGUUGGGGGAGGGGCGUCAGCGGAGGAGCAGGGGGGCACGGGGGGGGAGAGGACAGUGGCGCGGGACAUGUGGAUGACGUUUGGGGAGGAGUUCAAGAUGCUGCCCCGGCAGGGCAUGGACAGCAGCAUGUGGAACUCGUGA